CUUACGCGAUACCAGGAAGUGCAUUCAGCUUGAAAUAUUCUGUUAUGGAUAUCAUGCAAAAUGGCAGUUCAAAAUUAGGCUCGAUCAAAGUAAGGUAGUAUAAGCCACGUAUAUUCCCUCCGCAUGUGUUGACAUGGCGAAAAUUUGUACAUUCCUGUCGAUACUGUCAGCAAUCGAUGAGGAGUGGCCCCUACUUUCGCUUUCAUUCAAAUGACGGAGAACACAAUUCCAGCAAGCUGAUAGCCUUGCAUUGUGUGUCCAUCGAAUAUAUGGGUUUCCUGGUAUUUCCCGUGUUUCCGUAUUUCUAUUUUUGCCUCUGGUUCAACUAGACAUUGAUUUGUUGAUGAAGCAAAAUAACGUUAUAUGUAUGUGGUGCGUGAGAUAAUUAUAGCGACGAUGUCAUUUGCAUUGUAUAUAUAAGCUAAGUCGUCUGAACUGCGGCCACUUAAACAGUUUGAAUGAGAGAGUUCGGUUAUUCGUUGGAUACCUAUGUGUUGUAAGCAUCAACUACUAGCUGCAUGAAAAGCCUAGAUUAACCCACCACGCAAUGGAUCCUCUACUUUUACUUGAGCAGCUGCACUCCUUUUUUGCCACACCAGAAGGGAGCAUCAUGGGGCAGGCUAUCCAGCACAUGAUGUCGGAGACCAAGGACAUGAACGCCCUCCUGCAGGAGGGGAUAGAGAAGGUCAUAAACUCAGAGUUCACCCCGGGAGAAUGCAAUACACUGGUGACCUCCAUGAGACUCUGUCUGAGUCCAACAGGAACUCCACCAUCCCCGGAACUCCAGACUCAGGCCAUCAUACUCACCUGCAACUUCACCGACUUUGCCUUGACACAGGGGUGUGACAUGUUUCAAGCCUUCCAAUAUUUCUAUAGAACCAUGAUUCUACUGGACAUCACUGCUUGCCUGGAUGGUGCAGAGCCUGGCCGAGAACUGGUUCUAAACAUGGCCUGUGCCUAUUCUGCAGCCUCGCUAUGGAGGACUCUGUUCAUUGACACCCAGAUAUGGAGCAUUAAUCAAUCGAGCACACAAGGGCUGCUGCAGGACUUGAGGGAUUUAGCUUUCGAGUACAUGAAGGUGAAUCCAGCAUUCUCCUACUUUCUGUGCCUCGACCUUCUCCGAGCAUACAUGUUCAUUAGAAGCUGGUUCUCCCAAAAAGAAAAGACAAGGAAAAGAGGCGAUCUCAUUCUCCUGCUGGCCAAGUGCUGCUACCAAGCGGGGCAGUACAGACUUUGCACCAGAUACUGUAAAGAGGCCUGCGAGCUCUUUGACUGCGGCAGCUACAUUCCCUACGAGCUCUGGGCACGAGCUCUUCACAAGAACGGACAAUACAGAGCGGCACUCGACAAAGUGGAAUGUGCUAAGGACUGUAUUCAGGAGGAGAAAAUAAAGCAGCAUCUUCAGAAGUACAUGGACCAGCUGCGCCAGGAGAUGUCCACCUCUACGCAGCAGCCGACGAUGGAGCCAGAUGCUGAUUGGUUGACGGGGACCAACAUCAGCACCACACAGUUGCAGCAAGCACGGGCGCAACAGGCCAAGAAUGCUCACGUCAAGAAGAAAAGGCAUUCCAGACCAAGACGAGAACAUGUGGAACCCAUCCAGGUUAGUCACACUGACUGGCUCAAAGGUGGACCAAUGCAGAAGGGUGAACAAAGAUACCGAACAUCUAAUGGCUUGUCACUUCCUUUUGCUGGACAAGCAGGCAAGGACCCCUCACAGCUCAAUGUUGACAGCAACCCUCUUCUUCAGUACACAGCCUGGGACACAUCGAGUGGGGAUGAUGGAUCAGAUCUUGAGGAUGCUUUUGAGCUUCGAGGAUCACCCUCUUCUCAACAUGAAGAGAAAGAGCCAGAGGUGACCAAAGUCAAGGCUGAAAAGUCGGACAAGACAUGGUUUGAAGAAAGUAAGGAAAUGUAUGACAAUGGUGAUGUGGACACAAAGAUUACUUGUGGCAUGGGGAUGGAUGUGGAGACUGAGAGCAUCGAGGCCAAGCAGUAUCAACAGACCAGGGCUCCUUUCUAUAGGCCCCUGGAACCCGACUUUGAGUUGAGACGACUCAUAGCAGCCAUGCCUGAGAAGUACAAGCGGUGUAAGAUUCAGUUUGAGGCAUCUCACAAGGCUGUGUGUAAAGUGUUGUCAGGAGGGGAAACCUACACUGAUAUUGAGAUUCACGGGAGGUCCAAGUGUGGCCAGACGUUCAAUAAUGAUGAGGUUUGUGUGGAGGUUCUGUCAGAGCCUCACUCCCAUCCUGUGUCUGGUCAUGUGAUAUACAAGAGGGCUGAGGAAGAUGACAAGGUGUAUGGACGUGUUGUUGGUGUCCUCAACAGCAACUUCAGGGAAGAGAGCCAUACAGUCAUGGCCUGUACGUGUGAUGAUGAUGAAGGGUUUCUGAUGCAUCCUCUUUGCAAAACUGUGCCAAAGAUUCAUGCCUUGAAUGGUGUUACAAAGAAGAAAUACCCUUCCUUGUCCAAAUACAGGAUUGAUACAUAUGAAAUCAAUGAGAAUGGACAACUCCGAUACAAGAAAUAUUUUGAUGUGAAACCAGGACUUAGAGGAAGGUAUGUGUUCCUGGUCGUCUAUCUCACCUGGGGCAUCCACCAUGUGUACCCUCUUGGAGCAGUGGUAGACAUCAUUGAGUGUGGCACCGACUUCAAUGGAGGUCUCAAGAUCCUGGAAAUGCAAUAUCAGGUUCCGACCUACUUUUCUCAAGACACAGUUACUCAUAUUGGUAAAAUUCUGAAGAAGCGAGACACUGUUCUUGCUGAUGACAGAGUUGACUGCACAGGGCUUGAAGUUUUCACAAUAGAUCCUGCACAUUCAAAAGACUUAGAUGAUGCUUUGAGUAUCUCUGCCAAGGAUGACCACUAUCUGAUUGGAGUUCACAUUGCUGACGUGGCCUCAGUGGUGAAGAAAGGGGACCCUGUUGACAGUGAGGCACAGAAGAGAGCCACAAGCUUCUAUCCAUGCGAGUCCAGGACUCACAACAUGUUGCCUGAACCACUGAGUGAGGGCAUGUGUAGUCUGCUACCAAAUGAAGAAAGACUUGCAUUGUCCAUUUUCUUUCACAUUGAAAAAUCAGGAAAGCUUGUAAAGGAACCAACAGUCAUGAAAACAAAGAUUAAAUCUUCCUGCAAGUUGUCAUAUGAAGAUGCUCAGAAAGUUAUUGAAAAUGAGGAAGUGGAUCAUGUUUCACAAACUCUGAAAGACAAUAUCCAACUGCUUCAUGAAAUUGCCCAGAACUUGAGAAAGGACAGACUUAAAGAUUCUAGGUUUGCUGUUCCAUUUGAAGAUCCAAGAUUUAUUGAGACUGAAGUCAUAGAGCAGAAUAUUGAAGCCCAUGCACUCAUUGAAGAGUUCAUGAUCAAAGCCAAUACAUCCAUUGCUCAGUGGUUGAGAAAGAAGUUCCCAGAUUCCAUCCCCAUCAGAUGUCAGUCUCCACCAUCUACAGAGGAUGUCCAAAAGUUUGUCCACAGUGAGGAUAAGUUCCUGGACCUUGUUGUGAACCUGCAAGGACGAGAAGUCUUACCUGGCAGGACGGUGGCAUCAGGGAACUGGGUAGCCAAGGGCAACACAGUGAGAAAAGAGCUUUUGCCAGUCCAGAAGAACAUCUGGCUUCAGAUUCUUGAUGGAGUUCAUGAUGAAACCCUGACUAAAGCUGUAAGGAAUAUGUGCAAAGAUGAGGUCCACCCUUUCCAAGCAAUUGCUCUUCAACACUGGCGACAAAUCAUGGAAUCUGCAGAAUACAAAUGUUCAAUGCUCUCUGAAAAAGAGCUGAAUCACUUCUCUCUGAAUACAAAGAUGUAUACACAUUUCACAUCCCCUAUCCGGAGAUAUGUGGACCUCGUUGUACACAGACUGGUGCAUGCAGCUCUUGAUGGGAAAUCCUGUCCCUACUCAUCAUCAGAAAUAGCUGACAUUUGUGCCUAUAUCAAUGAUGCCACUUCCAGACAGAAACACUUCAGCAAUGGGUGCCAGGCUUUGAAGAGAGCUGCAAAGAUUUCGCAGAGGCCAAUGGUAUUUAAUGCUGUGGUGGACAAGGUCUCGGACAGUGGAGCAGAGCUCUGUAUCCCCUCUUUGAAGCAUGUGUCCAGCAGAAGCAAGGAAUUACCCUUCAACUUGAUGGACUUCAGUAAGAAACCAGAGGAGAAACAAGAUCCUUGGUCAACAAAGACAAUCGUCACAGGAAAAUGGAAGAAAAGGCUGUAUGACUGUACUGGAUGUCCAAGCCAGCUGAUGUAUUCAAAGAUGCUGGAAAAGCAGCAAGGAUUCAAACAGAAGCAACGGCCAAAACAAGUCGUGUCUAUUGUGAAUCCUAAUCAGCAUGUGUACUUUGUGGACACACAGACCUGGGCAAAGAUGUUGAAUGCAUUGUUCAGCCAGGACCACAAAGCAUUGAAGAAAAUGGUCAACAUUCAACCCAGAGAAGGACAAGAUUUGCCCACUGGAGCACCAGUGAGGGACAUGGUCACCUCAGAGCAUGGAGAUGGUUCCAUCAAGUUCCACCACUGCAAGUUUACUCUUUGCUUUACACCCGGACGUGUCAUCAAAGUUCAGAUGGUUGCUAAUCCAGAGAAGGGUUUACUCACUCCACAAGUGAGAUUGUUUCAGGUUUGCAAGAACCUCAGUCUGUGUCUCAGUCACAUGGAAGAUCCAGUUGGUGUGUUGAGUAAGUAUGCUACAGAAUCGACCAAAAAGAACAUUGAGUCAAUAUCUGAGUAUCAGAGAACAUGGCUGCCUCUUCUGGAAAUGGAAUCUGCGACAUCGGCAGUUCGUAGUGAAGAGAACAUCAUCAUCAACAAUGUCAACAUCGAAUUCAAACGCAACCAAGGUAAAACAAAAACCUUCUACAAAGGGACAUUCACUUUUCCCUCUAGUUUUGUGCAUGAAAGGUGCAUUGAGUUUGGAGGCAAACCUUUGGAGAAGUUGAAAGAAGAGGGAGACGACGAUGAUGAUGAAAGGGACAACUUUGGACGAAGGGAGUUCUCCUCAAUUGACUAUCUCUGCAUACGAAUCAAGAUUGACCAAAAUAGACCUGAGUCACGGGAAACCUAUGAUGAGGAGAUCUCAAACAAGGUCAUUGAAGUCCCUUGCCCACUGACAAAAGAAGGAAGGCAAACGAAAUCCUCAAAGAGGAGUAAGUCAUCAGAAAGGAGGAGGUCUAGGAGGAAAGCAGAGGCUGUUGAGUGUGCCUUGAAGAAGAGGAAGGUGUCUGAAGGAUGUGGAGCUGAUGUCUGUUCACAGGCAGACACCUACACGUGGGUCGGUCAUGCUCAGAUCAUGAAAGUGAGGAGAAAGAAAGACAAGGACAUGGAAUCAGAUUAUGUGACGGUCACAUUCAGCUUAAAUGCCAACAGUGGUCCUGUGCCAGACGAACUCUUUCCCAAGAGUACUGGCACUGUAGAGGUCAUCUUCAAGUCAGAAGUUGACAGACGUACAAUGAGAAUGAUACAAAGCUUGAGUGGAGACAAGUUAGAUUUAGCAAGCUGUGUUGCAUUGCACAGGAGGCCUCCUAAACUGGACAAGGACAGACUGGACUAUGGCAAGAAGAUGGAGAAAGAGGUCCCAGUCCAGGGUCUGCCUCUCAAUAACACCAAGCAGCACGAGGCCAUAGACCGGGCCCUCAGUUCCAGCUUCACCCUCAUCCAGGGGCCUCCAGGUACAGGUAAGACAUACACUGGGAUCAAGCUGGUGUACCUCUUCAACAAGAUCAACAAAUUCCUUCACCUGGAGGGUGUAGACGACCAGAAGAAACAGGUGCUUUUCUGUGGUCCGUCCAACAAAGCUGUGGAUCUUGUAGCAUUUCUGCUGUUAUGUCGACUUGGAGAUGCUUGUCCCAACAUCAUCCGCCUCUACGGCAGCAACAUCGUGGCUCAGGACUACCCUGUGCCCAAACGCAACUUCAUGUCCAAGAGGAGCAUGCGAGGCCUGCGAUCUGACCCCAGACUCUUCGAUGUGUCUCUCCACCACAUGAUACGACAGUCAGGCAAACCUCAUGCUGAGGAAAUAAGGAUGUAUGAUGCAUUGUUCAAGACCAAUCCAGAAGCCGUCACUCCGGGCCACAUCAAGAAGUAUGGGAAGCUGGUGUACAUGGCCUCAUGUGAAGAACUCAAGAAGUGCGAUGUGAUCCUCUGUACCUGCCCAGUCGGUGGGAAUAGGAAGGUGGUCCAGUCAACACGCAUCUUCCAGCUCAUCAUCGAUGAGAGUGCCAUGAGUCCAGAACCACAAAGCAUGAUUCCUAUCAUUGCCACCAAGGCCAAGCAGGUUGUCCUGAUAGGAGAUCACAAGCAGCUGCGGCCAAUUGUUCAGUGCAAGCAGGCUGCAGAAUUGGGGCUGGAUCAGUCGCUGUUUGAGAGGUUUGCUACUGAGGCUACAUUCCUCAACACUCAGUACAGGAUGCACCCUCGCCUCUGUGACUUCCCAUCAGAAGAGUUCUACGAUGGUAAACUUACCACAGGUCCAUCUUGGACAUGGAAGUGUGAGCCCCUGGCCGUGUGGCCGGUGCCGGAGGUUCCCCAUGUCCUGUGCCAUGUGGAGGGGGUGGAGGACAGCCUCAGUGUGUCCACAGAGGAGGGCAAUGAACAGUCCAAGUCCAACAAGGCAGAGGUGGACAAAGUGGUUGAGGUGUUCAGCUGGCUGGUUCAGAAGGGUGGAAUCUCCCCUCGCUACAUCAACAUCAUGUCGCAGUACAACGCCCAGUGUACCAAGAUACGCGAGGCUCUGUCCAAGUACCACCAUCAGAGUCUCAACGUCAACACUGUUGUGGCCAGCCAAGGAGGUGAGUGGGACUACGUGAUCUUCAGCACGGUACGCUCUCUGCCCCAUUACAAGAUAGAGAAGAACCCCACACUCGGCUGGAGCAAACACAACCUCGGCUUCAUCACUGAUGCCAACCAGAUUAACGUGGCGCUCACCAGAUCUCGUAGAGGACUCAUCAUCAUUGGUAAUGAGAACUUGCUGCGAAGUGACAAAAUCUUCAAGAGACUGAUCGAGAAGUAUGAGAAACAGGGAUGUUUGGUAGAUUGCAGCGACUUUCCGCGGAGAUACCGGCGAGAUCAUCAAAAACGACGACCUCCGAUUCCAGGAUUGGAGUGGAAAACAGCUUAAGUGCUGCACUUGUUGAAAGAACUGAACAUUCAAACAGUCCUGUUGGGAUGAAAAAGAAUUCAUUUCAUGGCUGUGUUGUGAAUCAGCUAUCAAUGACUGCGAAUUUUCGUCUUAGUGUAUUCAACAUUUUAGUGCUAUUUGUUUUAUUUCUAUUACCGAUACAAACAUCUGUAUGCACUGUUAUUGUGUUUUAAAUAUCAAGUGAAUGUCAAGUGAUUUGAAUAUCAUCUGACAAUUUUGGGUCCAAAAUGCAAUUUGUAAAAUAUAUAUUUUACUUAUUUUAAUUUUUAUUAUUGUUGUGUAAAUAUGUAUAUUUGUGAGUAAACUUUCAUGUAUUGUAGAAGCCUGCCCCAUUUGCCUAUUUAGAGAACAUGGUAGACACAUGUAUGUCAGGUAUCUUGGCAACCAGAAUAAAACACACACAUGCACACACACACGCACACACGCACACGCACACACACGCACACACACACACACACACACAGAGUUAUUUUCUGUGGUAUUCCGAAGAAUGUUUCAAAGGCAUGACUGAUCAUUUAGACUGAAAUAUUUACGUCAGGAUGAUUGAUUGAGGUUUUUUUGUUAGACAUGUUGAAUCUUCAUAUGCAUUUGGGGCCAAUAUUUGUUGUAAAAUACUUCUUUAUAUAAAUAUACACAUGUAUGUAUUCCAACUUUUUGUAAACACCAUAACACCAUAAAGCCUUUGUAAUGAAAAUGGAUGUCACACCAUUUAAUAUUUGGUUGACUCUGAUGAUGAUGUAACUGUACAUAAUUUUGACAUAUGUUUCUUAUUGUACUGGAUCUUGCCAUCUGUGUUCUUAGUGGGUACUUGUUACGACUCUUGCCAUCCUUGUAAUUAGGGCUGUCACGAUACAGGUACCCCAUGAUACGAUACGUAUCUGGACUUUAAGGUCAAGAUACGAUACGUAUCUCAAUACAGCAAUACCGACUUUAUAUGCGUAUAUUUAGAAGCAACCUUUUUAAUUACAUAUCACAUUCACAAUUAUGUGUUCUAACCACUAUCAGUUGAUGAUUUUGUAAAAUAAUAAUACUUAGAAAAGGUUGAUUCUGUUUAUUCAAACAAGUGUCAGAAACUAACAAAUUUUCGUAUGUGUCAAAUUCGGAAAAUAUGAUGAUAUUUCGAUUCGAAUAGAAAAAUCAAUCGAUACGCGAACAAAUGGAUACUGAUUUCAAUAAAAUUUUGUAUCAAUAUAUAUUUACAUGUAUCUCCUAUUGUAUCGUGAGAAUUAUCUACCAAUCCAUUGGUACAAUCAGUGAAUCGUGACAUCCCUACUUGUAAUCUCCCUUGAGGAAUGGUCAGCCCCUCAAGCAAGGCCACAUUUUAUAGUUUUCAUACACUGCUAUGAACAAUCUUGCUCAAAGAUAUGUAUAUUCCUCCAGAGCCUUUCUAUAGUUUUGUACCAAAAUAUAUUCACUAUAUCUUUGUAGCAUCUCACUCAAAAUGUAAAUAUAUACACUGUACCAAGUGAUCAUCUCAAUCAUGACGUAAAGACAUUUUGUACCAAAUGAGCAUCCCUCGGGGUGGUGGGAUAGCCUAGUGGUUGACUUGACAGAUCAAACGUGUAGGUUCUAUUCCCACAAAGGUGGUUAAAGACCUGGUUUCGAUUCCCCACAUGGGUACAAUGUAUGAAGCCCAUUUCUGGUGUCCCCCGCCGUGAUAUUGCUGGAAUAUUGCAAAAACCAUACUCACUCACUCACUCUUGCCACAAUUAUUUAGAGUGUGAAGCAUUCAGUGUGUCCAUCACCAUGUAUGAUAAUGCUUUCACUGCAAGACAAGACUCAUUCUUUGUUCUAAUCCAUGACAAAAUGAUGAAAAAAAAUGUCUCUUUUUGUAAAAUAUCCAAUGACAAAAGUCUUGUCGCAGUACAGAUACCAUUCUUUCCUCCUGGCAUCCCAAUAAAAAGAAUGACAAAAAAAACAAUUUUGUUUGUAGGCAUUGCAUUAUGUGUCCAGUGUGAAACCGAGAUGGGGUUUCAAUAUGGGUAAUUUCUGUGUUGCACUGGAUGAGCUUGAAGAUAGCAAAUGUUUGUGUGACCAGAUUCUAAACUACCACAACUAAUUUGGAGCAAGAAACAUGUCAGUGAAGCAUAUGUAUGCCAUUGUGUGUGUGACGUAAAUGUCUUAUAAGACCAACAGCUGUAGUUUAAAAAGUGCUGGUCUUGAUAUGAAGUUUUAUGAUUAUGUUGGGUUUUUUACUAUAAUAUCAAUAGGCCAUAACUAUGAUAUCGAUCUUUAUUGCAUGUGACCCUUAUGUAGUCCAAUCUGGUAAAAAGUCUUUAACAUGUGUCAUACAUAUUUAAUAAUAUUGAUACAUGCAGCUGAUGCACUUACAUCUGUUGUGGAGGCGGUAAGGUAGGAUGAUGGGUCAAGCAAUGCUCAUAUGGCCUGGGUCCGAGUUUGAUUCCCAUGGAUUUGAAGCUGAUUCUUGGUGUCCCGUGCUGGAUUUUGAUUGGAUUUUUGCUAAAAGCAACAUAAAAUAAUCAUCAUUUCUGUAGUGCCAUGUGUUUGUAUUCUUCGGAUGUGCCAAUAAUGUUUGUGUGCUUUGUCAACUUGCAUGUCUUUCACAGUGUAUUAUAUUAGAUGUGUCUCACUGAGUUUAUCAUGUGCAACAUGUAUAUGUAUAUAUUUUCAUUUAUAUUUUAACUAUGUUGAUGUUGGACCCUGAACUCUGUCCCUAAACUCAGAAUCUUAUGAUGACAUUACUUACUUUGUUAAACAAGGAUUGUACGAAAACAUGUGUUCUGUUCUUUUGAACGACUCUAUUAAAUUGCCAAAAUGAGUUCCUAUUAGUAUGUAGAAUCUUACUUCCAUAUCUUCAUUGGGAGUAUGGGAAAUGUUUCAGUAGAAAUGUAUUUUAUUGUUAUUUGUUGUGUCGAAUAUCAAUAUUCCUUCAAUUGUGUUUAAUGUGUUGACAUUGAAAAUUGACUCAUAUCUUCAUUAAUGUCUGAAGAAUCUUUGUAUUGGGGAUAUUACAUCAAACGACUUGCCUGUCUCUACUCAAAAUAUCUAAAAUCUAAAAUAUCUAAAAUAUUAUAAGGAUGGAUGCACGUGGGUUUCUUAUUUGAGAUAUUGUUCACUUACUGUUAUUAGUAUUAUUAACUGAAUCUUUUCACUAGUUACAGUUUUACCCUCAUCAUAUUCACUCAUUGGUUUUUUAUCAUUGUGAUGUUGUUUAGGAACAUACACUUACUGUUAUUAGUAUUAAACUUAUUAACCAAUUUGCCAUCUUUUCACUAUUACAUUUUAACCUUCGUCACACUCAAGUUAUGCAACCAUAUCAUAAUGUAAUAUGACAAAAACUGUGAUUUUUCCAUUCUCCAUUUUGUUAAUCCUAUCACUACUGAAAGGUCUGGUUGAAUCUUGUUCCUACAUUAGGUAGUGUUAAAUGUCUGAGGCCUGCAUCACAUCAGGCUUCCCUCCCACAUCAAGCUGACCUGCUGUGAUAUAACUGGAAUACUGUUCAAAGUGGCGUCAGCCCAAACUCACUCACUCUGUAUCAAGCUCAGCUCCAUAAAAACUUGAUGGUUGUUGUGUUGAAAAUGACUGCCUUAGAUUCUAUGUUUAUUUCUUAAAAAAGGAGAAGGAAUUCUUCACUAAUCGUAUUUCUUGUUUUAUCCUGUUUCAGAAUUUGCCCAAAAAAUUAAAUUUGAUGCAAAAUAUUUAUUCGUACUUAAAUCGGUCCCUCAGUUGUCAUUACAUGUAUAUCAAAUCUGAAUUCCUUCCAUCAUCAACCAUGUCUGACAGGGAUGUUUCAUGAAAAUGCAUCAUAGACAUUGUAAAUUUAAAUAUCUAAUUGGUCCAAAAAUCUUUUGACAUUUCAAAUUAUAUUUCUCCAACAAUAAAACAUUCUCCAUGUCACCCAUGUGAUAAUGGACACGAACAAUCAGAGAAGGGCUGAAGUGUUGUGAAUCUUUUGUCCAGAUUAGAUAUAGUUAAUCAUCCAAUACAUUCCAUUAUACACAUCAUGUAUAUCCCCUGUCAUCGUCCACCGAUAUUGACAGCAUUGUCCACGUUUGAACCCGUCCAUUUAUAUUUUGUACAAAAGACUCAUGUAGUAUUGCAUACAUGCACAUCUUCUCUGGGGAUAUACCGCAUCAUCCUCUUAUAUGAUUAAUAAUUAUUGUUAUAUGUAGAUAAGGUAACAGGUUUACUUCAACAAAUAUUUUUAUUUUUUAAAUUUUUUUAUUACUCUUUUGUUAGAGCUACAUAAUUAUCUCCGUGAAAACAAUUAUGCCAAUUAGCAGUUAGUAAGGCUGUGUGUGGUCACAUGUAGGUGACAUGACAGCUGUUAUAUGAGGUAAGAAUUCAUCCUUGCACCUUCAUAUAUACUCACUGGUAAUAAACAUUUAUGUAUCACUACAAUCGUUCACAGUAACUUUAAGACGCAAACAUCUUUUACUCUACUUUUGUUUGGAGGAACUCUACUCUUUCCACUGUUUGGUUAACAAAUUUGUUAUUGAAUUGUUUGUGUAUGUAAACAAAAAAAAUUCCGUUUAUUUUAGAGAUUUUUCCUUCAUUUAGCACCUUGAUGUGAAUCAUCUUUGCUGUAAUAUCAAGUAAAGAAACAACCUUUUGUGCCAUGCUUUGACUACUCAGUUGGCGAUGCUUUCACAGAAAAGUAUUCGGUAAAUCAACAGUUAAUUUUCUUUUAUGACUUUAAAACAUUGACCUUUGAGAUCUUAUUAUUUAAUGAGAAGUAAAUAUGUGCCAUAAUUAUUCUUAUAUGUGUUUAUAUAUGUUUGUCAGUUUCCACAAAGGGAAAUAAAGUUUUUUCAUCUU